AGUCCAAGCCACGUGCAAAGGAACAUGGUUUAGAUCCAUCCAAAAUGACUAUGCGAGACCUUAUCCAUUAUCUCCCAACAUCCAAUCCCAUGUCAUCGACCUUAGAAGGCUCUCAACAGGAAAAUGAGGCUGUCACUCCACAAUCACCUGAAAGAGAGUUAUCACCAGACAACAGAGCACAGAAACCAGAAGUUCAACCAGAUCUGCGUAGUCCUGAUCAGGUGGAAACAACAGCAACCACUUCAACUGCAGAAGCGCAGGAGGAUGAUGAGGAGGGGGAAGCUGAGGAUGAAGAUACACUAAUGGUCCCUCAAGUCAAAGUAGCAGAAGAUGGCACGCUUAUUAUUGACGAGGAAAGCCUGACUGUGGAAGUCCAAAGGAUGAAGGGGCCAAAUACAAUUCAGGAUCGAGAUCCUAUUUUUGAACGAGGCUCCACAACAACUUAUUCAAGCUUCAGGAAAGGGACCCACACCAAGCCCUGGUCUACUGAAGAGACUGACAUGUUCUUCUUGGCCAUCAGCAUGGUGGGCACCGAUUUUACGAUGAUCUGUCAGCUAUUUCCUCACAGAGCUCGAUCAGAAAUUAAGAACAAAUUUAAGAAGGAGGAGCGGCAUAAUGCCUGGAGGAUUGACAAAGCUUUUAGGGAGAGGCGUAGACUGGAUUUGGAGUACUUUACGAAAUUGCUGGAGAAGAUUCUUGAAUUUCAGGAAAGUAAAAAGAAACUUAAGUCAGUAUCUCAGAAAAAACAAACUCCUAAAAAACGUAAAGAAAAACCAAAAGGUGAGAUACAUUAUUUGAAUAUUAUGUUGUUUCAUUUAUUUAUUUAUUUAUCAACAUGA